AUGGGAAAUAUCUUGAGUCACACGCCUUUCCCAGAGUGCGGCCUGGGAAGUGACUCAGGCCCAGCCCAGCAGGAGCAGGAGGAGCAGAAAAUCAUGGGGGACAUGUGGGAGAGGCGGGAUCCAAGGCACCAGGGCAGAAUGGACUCGGCCGGCCGCCGCCCGGGCCCCCGAGACCCCGCCGCCGCCCCUCCCCGCGCCCCCGCGUCCCCCUCCGCCCCUGGCUGCGUCCGGGCGCCCGUGUCGCCGCCCCUCUCCCGGCCCGCACUCCCCGGCCGCCAGGCGUUUGACCAGAAAGAGCAGAAGAGCCUCCUGAGGCCUCGGAAGGAUUACUGGGACUUCCUCUGCUCUGGCCUACGGCAACAGCGGGGCAGCACGGAGCCGGCCCGCUUCGUCUGCUCACAGGACAAGUUGAAGACUUCUCUAGCAAAAGGCCGUGCCUUCAUCCGCUUCUGCCUAGCCCACGGACAGCUGGCCGAGUCCCUGCAGCUCUGCCUUCUGAACCCCGAGCUCACCAGGGAAUGGUAUGGCCCCCGGAGCCCUCUGGUGUGCCCUGAACUCCGGGAAGACCUCCUGGAUUCUCUCUAUGCUCUCAAUGGAGUGACCUUCGACUUGAACCUGCGGUGGCCGGACCUAGACGAAGCCUGGCCCAUGUUCUCAGAGUCUUGCUGCCCCAGCCGGACCCAGGGAAGAAGACCCAGAAAGACCAAAGACUCCCCAAAGCAGCUUCCUAGCACCACGUACGGAUACCGUGAGGACUCAGCCUGUGCCCAGAAGGGGGAACACACUGCAACGCCACCUGUUAAGUGCGGUGAUGCAGCCAUGCACGGAGGAACAGGGGAGCCUGGAGACGGCUUCUCAGGAGAGAUCUCAGCCACACAUGGAAACCCCACAGCAGUCCAGCCAGAGGAGCUGCACACUAGCCAAACCAGCUGUCUGCAAGAUGCACCCAGGGAAGACUGGUUGGCCGGACUCCCCAGGUCCCAGCAACAAAGGCACCUUCUUCCCUUUUUGGAAAAGAAAAGAGAAGAUCCCAGGAGCCUCGGGUCCUCCCAGGGCAUGUGGGAACCAGCAGGGGAGGAACUUCAGCAAGCCCAGGAGAAAGGAGCCCCAAGAACUGGGAUCUGCCUGGAGAUUUCAACACCCAGCAUCCAGGGACAGGGAGAGGGAUCUGAGAGGGCUCCAAAGGAGGUGAUAGGCACAGAGGCCAAGGGCAGAAGGAUUCUUCCCAGUGCGGAGGGGACUCAUGAAGGGGGAGCAGAGCAGGGUCAUGCCCAUAGGCUACUGGCCUCCAGCCCUACAGGGACAAUAGAGGACACAAUGUCAGGGAACCAGCAGGAGUGGGAGGUGCCUAGCAUUCCAGGGGAGCCCGGGGUCCUUUGGGGCCUGGGAACAAAGGAAGACUUCACCCCAGAGAAACCACAAGAGGAAACAGGAAAGACCAGUGUGACCAGGAGGAAGGAGCAAGCAGAAGUGGCCUUGCAGGAUGUGGUCAAGAGCCUGAGAUGUGGGCUCCGGAAGACCGAGGAGCGGGCGCAGCACCAGGAGCAGCUGCUGAAGGAGAAGGAAGGGGAGCUGCGGACACUACAGGAGAUGCUCAGCAGGUGUCAGGAAGAGAGGGCCCGGCUGCAGACAGAGCUGGAGCAGAAUCAGCAGGAGGCUGAGAGGAGGGACACCAUGUAUGAGAAGGAGCUUGGAGGGCAGCGGGACCUGGUCCACGCCAUGAAGAUGAGGGUGCUGGAACUGAUUCAAGAGAAGGAUGACCUGUGGCAGAAGGUCCAGCAUCUCUCUUCCAUGGCCCCCGGAUGCUGUGUUGACUGCAGCAAGGUCUUUGGCCGGCUGUCUCGGCGGUACCCAUGCAGGCUCUGCGGAGGCCUGGUUUGCCAUGCCUGCUCUGUGGAUUACAAGAAGAGAGGGCGCCACUGCCCACCCUGCUCCCAGAAGGGAGCAGCUCAGUUCGACCAAUGA